UGAAUUAAAGUCAUCUUUAUCUUGCAAUCCUCACUCAUGCACUCGGCAUUCACACAAAUUAUAAAUAUGGCUCGAAGAACAUGCAAUCUCUCAAACCACACCACCAAAAAGAAAGAAAAAUGGAUCCAAAAUCCUCAAAUCUGCACCAAAUUUGGCAACAACUUGUUGAAGGUCCAUAUGGAGCUACAAUUCACUUCAAUAAUCCCAUCUCUUUUCCUCUCAUCUUCCUUCUCUUCCUCUUCUUCCUAAUUUUACUCAAGCUCUUCAGAGCCAAAAACAUCAACUUAUUGCCCCCUUCACCACCACAACUCCCAAUAAUUGGUAACCUUCACCAAAUAGGAGCCCUCCCACACCUUUCUCUGGCCACUCUUUCCAACAAAUAUGGCCCUAUAAUGUUCCUCAAACUAGGCCACGCCCCAACUCUCAUAAUUUCAUCUGCAAAAUUAGCUAGAGAAGUCAUGAAGUCCCAAGACAUCAUAUUCUGCAACAGGGCCCAAAACACCGCUGCAAAUCACCUCCUUUACGGUUGCCACGACAUCGCUUUCGGCUCCUGUGGAGAGUUGUGGAGACAAGCCAAGAAAAUUUGCGUUGUUGAGCUCUUAAGUGCCAAAAGAGUGGACUCUUUCCAGCACGUGAGAGAUGAAGAAGUUGCAAUACUUAUCAAGAGGAUUCGUAAAAGUUGUGAUUCUUCUUCUUCGACAAAUCUUAACAAGUUGUUACUGGCAACUAUCAACAAUAUAAUCUCGAGAUGUGUUUUGGGAGAGAAGUUUGAGGACGAAAAUGGAGACAGCAAAUUUGGAGGGGUGACGAGAAAGAUUAUGGAGUUAUUGACAAGGUUUUGUGUUGCGGAUUUCUUCCCUGGCUUUGGAUUGAUUGAUGUGGUGAGAGGAUUCAUCGGAGAACUCGAAACUACUUUUAAAACAAUGGAUGCGUUUUUUGAUAAGGUGAUUGAAAAACAUAGGGAAAAGAUGGGAGAGAGUGAUGAUAAAUCUGAUGAACAGGACUUUGUGGAUAUCAUGCUCCAACUGCAACAGAACAAAACAUCCGAUUAUCGUUUCACGAGGGACAAUCUCAAAGCAAUUUUACUGGAUAUGUUUGUAGGUGGAACCGACACAACAUCAGUAGGUUUGGAAUGGACAAUGGCAGAACUAAUAAAAAACCCAACAAUCAUGAAGAAAGUCCAAAAAGAGGUAAGAGAAAUAGUUGGAAAGAAACCAAAAAUUGAAACGAAAGACACUGAAAAGAUGGAGUACAUGAAGUGUGUGAUAAAAGAAUCUCUAAGAUUACACCCUCCAGCUCCGCUGUUGGUGCCACGAGAAACGUUGAAAAUCGCAAACCUGGGAGGCUACCAAAUUCCAUCAAAAACCAACGUUUGGAUCAAUGCUUGGGCAAUACAGAGGGAUCCCAAGAUCUGGGAGAGCCCAAACGAGUUCAUCCCGGAAAGAUUCAUGGGGAAGAAUUCAUUUGAUUUCAAAGGCCAAGACUUCGAGUUUCUUCCAUUUGGGAGUGGAAGAAGGAAGUGCCCUGGAAUUUCGUUUGGGCUUGCUUCUUUUGAAUAUGCAUUGGCCAAUCUUCUGUACUGGUUUGAUUGGAAGCUGCAGGAGGAGAUGGCCGGAGAGUUGGAUAUGAGUGAAGAACAUGGCCUCACUGAUCACAAGAAAAUUCCCCUCCAUCUCAAACCAACACCAUUUAAUUCUAUGUAAUUUUAAUUUGGGUGUUUCGUUAAGCAAUUUGGUGUUUGGUGUGGCUGUGUUGCGUGAAUUGGUCCUAAUAGAUUAUUUAUGAAGGUUGUAACUUUUUUUCUCUUCUUUUUAGUUUUUAAUUGGAACGAAAUAGA